AUGCCUACGAGGUAUAGCAAGCCUAGAUUGUUGUUGAUUCAGGGUGCACUUGGUCUCUCUUCAAGUGAAUUGUCAGCAUUUAAUUCACUGCUUCAGGAGAGCAAUAGAGUAAAGUCUAUCAUUCACAUGGUAGAAAUGUACGAACCAGAUGUUGUUUUAGUGGAGAAAUCUGUUUAUCGUGACAUACAGGAGUAUGCUCUUCUUAAAGGAUUGACACUAGUAUUGGAUAUCAAGCAACAUCGACUGGAGAGAGUUGCUCAAUACACAGGCUCACCAAUCAUAUCUUCUGAACUAUUGGAAAGCCAAAAGCUCAAGCAGUGUGAUUCCUUUCAUUUUGAGAAGUUCCUAGAAGAACAUACCUCUUCUGGUGAUAGUGGGAAAACGCCUAGCAAAACACUGAUGUUUAUCAGGGACGGUUCUAAUCGUCUUGGAUGUACAAUUUUGUUAAUGGGAGCUCACAGCGAUGAAUUAAAGAAAGUUAAAUAUGUGGUCCGGUGUGCAGUCACCAUGGCAUAUAAUUUACUUAUUGAGACUACUUUCCUUCUAGAUCAAAAAGCGAUGUUCUCAAGUAGUCCCCCUAGCCAAGUUGUGAAUCUAAUAGUCACUGAUGGAGAUCUAUCUGUUAGUUCAGGGAAACAAAUCCUUCGUACUAAUGAGGAACUUUAUGCUGAGACCAGUUCACCCUUUGUUAAAGAUGCUCUAAUUUCCAGUAGUGUUCUUGGUGAAAUAAGGCAUAACAUAGAUGAAGAAGGUGAUUCUCUAUUGUUUAAGCCAAACAAUCCAGAAGAUGACGGCGUAAAUGAUGUUCACAUUUCUCAUGCACAAGAGGUGGCUAAUCAAAUUGAUCUAGAACAGGAGGGCACUUUUCCUGACAAUGAGAAGAGACCUGAAAAGGAACAACUACAUUGUCCAUUAGUGAGGGCAGAAGAGUCUCUGGAAAUUCCUGAAGACGAAGGACAUAAGAUGGAUGCCAUGAUAUCAUCAUUAGAUUGGGGGAGUAUUUUAGUGAUGAAGUCCACUUGCAAUGCGAAAAGAGGCACUAAGUGUGAGCAUAAUGCUCUCAGAAUCAGGCUCUAUCAAGUUUUUGAUAUUCCCCUUGGUAGGUUCUUGCAAGAUAAUUUGCUAAAUCAGACCCACCAGUGCUGGACCUGCGGUGAAUCCCCUGAAGGUCAUAUCUUCAGUUAUGCACAUCAAGGGAAGCUACUCACUAUUCAAGUUCGUUCUCUUCCAUUACACAAGGGCCUUCCAGGUGAAAGUGAAGGGAAACUUUGGAUGUGGAGUCGUUGUAAAUGCAUAUUCCAGAACGAAGGCUCAAAAAAUUCAAAAAGAGUUUUACUGUCCAGUAGAUCCCGCGAUUUGUCAUUUGGAAAAUUUUUGCAGCUCAGUUUCUCAAACCCCUCUUUGUUUAGUAGACAGCCUGACUGCAGUCACCCCUUCCACAGAGAUUUCCACUACUUCUUCGGGUAUGACCAAAGUCGUUCCAAUUUAUAA